GCCGGUGCCCGCGCCCCUGCCCUGCCCUGCCCUGCGUGGCUGCACGCGGCUCGAGCCGCCCAGAACCCAGAGCCCCCCGCCCGCCCGCCGCGGGGCCGCGACCGCAGCCACCAUGCCCGUCUUCCACACGCGCACGAUCGAGAGCAUCCUGGAGCCGGUGGCGCAGCAGAUCUCGCACCUGGUCAUCAUGCACGAGGAGGGCGAGGUGGACGGCAAGGCCAUCCCCGACCUCACCGCGCCCGUGGCCGCCGUGCAAGCCGCCGUCAGCAACCUGGUCCGGGUCGGGAAAGAAACUGUCCAGACAACCGAAGACCAGAUUUUGAAGAGGGACAUGCCGCCUGCAUUCAUAAAGGUGGAAAAUGCUUGCACAAAGCUUGUCCAGGCGGCUCAGAUGCUCCAGAAGGACCCCUACUCAGUGCCUGCCCGAGAUUACCUCAUUGAUGGAUCGAGAGGCAUCCUUUCCGGGACCUCCGACUUGCUUCUGACGUUUGACGAGGCUGAGGUCCGUAAAAUUAUCCGUGUCUGCAAAGGAAUUCUGGAAUACCUAACGGUGGCUGAGGUGGUGGAGACCAUGGAGGACCUGGUGACAUAUACAAAGAACCUGGGGCCAGGCAUGACUAAGAUGGCCAAGAUGAUUGACGAGCGGCAGCAGGAGCUGACGCACCAGGAGCACCGAGUCAUGCUGGUGAACUCCAUGAACACUGUCAAGGAACUGCUGCCCGUCCUCAUUUCAGCCAUGAAGAUUUUUGUGACAACUAAAAAUUCCAAGAGCCAAGGAAUCGAGGAGGCCUUGAAGAACCGCAACUUCACAGUGGAGAAGAUGAGUGCGGAAAUCAACGAGAUAAUCCGUGUGCUGCAGCUCACGUCCUGGGAUGAAGAUGCUUGGGCUAGCAAGGAUACAGAAGCCAUGAAGAGAGCGCUGGCCUUAAUAGAUUCCAAGAUGAACCAGGCCAAGGGCUGGCUCAGGGACCCCAGCGCCCCUGCAGGAGACUCCGGCGAACAAGCCAUAAGGCAGAUCCUGGACGAAGCCGGAAAGGUGGGAGAGCUGUGUGCCGGCAAGGAGCGCAGAGAGAUCCUGGGCACCUGUAAAAUGCUAGGCCAGUUGACUGACCAAGUAGCUGACCUUCGCGCUAGAGGGCAGGGCGCAACGCCACUGGCCAUGCAGAAGGCUCAGCAAGUGUCCCAAGGCUUGGAUCUGCUGACGGCAAAGGUGGAAAACGCCGCCCGCAAGCUGGACGCCAUGACCAACUCGAAGCAGGCGAUUGCGAAGAAAAUCGACGCUGCUCAGAGCUGGCUGGCGGAUCCCAACGGGGGCGCUGAAGGAGAAGAGCACAUUCGGGGCAUUAUGGCGGAAGCGCGGAAAAUCGCAGAACUCUGCGACGAGCCUAAAGAGCGAGACGACAUUUUGCGGUCCCUGGGAGAAAUAUCUGCUCUGACGGCAAAACUGUCGGAUCUCCGGAAACACGGGAAAGGGGAUUCUCCGGAAGCCCGUGCACUGGCCAAGCAAAUAGCGACAUCGCUUCAGAAUCUGCAGUCCAAAACCAACAGGGCUGUGGCCAACAGCAGGCCCGUCAAGGCAGCAGUCCACCUGGAGGGGAAGAUCGAGCAAGCUCAGAGGUGGAUCGACAACCCAACCGUGGAUGACCGUGGAGUAGGCCAGGCUGCGAUCCGGGGGCUCGUGGCCGAAGGGCGCCGUCUUGCCAACGUGAUGAUGGGACCGUACCGCCAGGACCUGCUGGCCAAAUGUGAUCGUGUGGAACAGCUCGCCGCCCAGCUGGCGGAUCUGGCAGCCAGGGGCGAAGGGGAGUCUCCACAGGCGCGGGCCGUCGCCGCGCAGCUGCAGGACUCCUUAAAGGAUCUUAAGUCCCGGAUGCAGGAAGCCAUGACUCAGGAGGUUUCUGAUGUGUUCAGUGACACCACCACCCCCAUCAAGCUGCUGGCGGUGGCGGCCACGGCGCCCCCGGAUGCGCCCAACAGGGACGAGGUGUUCGACGAAAGGGCAGCCGGCUUCGAGAGCCAUGCCGCCCGGCUCGGCGCGACGGCUGACAAGGCGGCUGCAGUCGGAACGGCCAACAAAAGCACCGUGGAAGGCAUACAGGCAACGGUGAAGUCUGCGCGAGAACUCACACCGCAGGUGGUGUCGGCGGCUCGCAUCCUCCUAAGAAAUCCCGGAAACCAGGCUGCCUACGAGCACUUUGAGACCAUGAAGAACCAGUGGAUUGAUAACGUGGAGAAGAUGACAGGCCUGGUGGAUGAAGCCAUCGACACCAAGUCCCUGCUGGACGCCUCGGAGGAAGCCAUCAAGAAGGACCUGGACAAGUGCAAGGUGGCCAUGGCCAACAUCCAGCCGCAGAUGCUGGUCGCGGGGGCCACCAGCAUCGCCCGGCGAGCCAACCGGAUUCUGCUGGUGGCGAAGAAGGAGGUCGAGAACUCGGAGGACCCCAAAUUCCGAGAGGCCGUGAAGGCUGCCUCCGACGACCUCAGCAAGACCAUCUCGCCCAUGGUGAUGGACGCCAAAGCGGUGGCAGGCAAUAUUUCCGACCCCGGUUUACAGAAGAACUUCCUGGACUCUGGUUACAAGAUUCUGGGGGCUGUGGCCAAGGUCCGAGAAGCCUUCCAGCCCCAGGAGCCAGACUUCCCGCCACCUCCCCCCGACCUCGAGCAUCUCCACCUCACCGAUGAACUCGCUCCUCCGAAGCCGCCUCUGCCUGAAGGUGAGGUCCCCCCGCCGAGGCCCCCUCCCCCCGAGGAGAAGGACGAGGAGUUCCCGGAGCAGAAGGCCGGGGAGGUGCUCAACCAGCCCAUGAUGAUGGCCGCCCGGCAGCUGCACGACGAGGCCCGGAAGUGGUCCAGCAAGCCUGCUGUGGCCGCUGAGGUUAAGGAAGGCCCUGCGGCUGCCGUAGAUGCAGCUCAGGAGGGGGCGGAGGCCGACGUUGAGUUCGCGCUCCCCUCCGACAUGGAAGAGGAUUACGAGCCUGAGCUGCUGCUCAUCCCAGCCAACCAGCCCGUUAACCAGCCCAUGCUGGCCGCUGCCCAGUCUCUCCACCGGGAAGCCACCAAGUGGUCCAGUAAGGGCAAUGACAUCAUUGCAGCCGCCAAGCGGAUGGCGCUUCUCAUGGCCGAGAUGUCGCGCUUGGUGAGAGGCGGCAGCGGGAACAAGCGGGCCCUCAUCCAGUGUGCCAAGGACAUCGCGAAGGCUUCGGAUGAAGUGACGCGGCUGGCCAAAGAGGUGGCGAAGCAGUGCACCGACAAACGCAUCCGGACAAACCUCCUGCAGGUCUGCGAGCGAAUCCCAACCAUCAGCACACAGCUCAAGAUUCUCUCCACGGUCAAGGCAACGAUGCUGGGCCGGACUAACAUCAGUGACGAGGAGUCCGAGCAGGCCACUGAGAUGCUGGUUCACAAUGCCCAGAACUUGAUGCAGUCGGUGAAGGAGACGGUCCGAGAAGCCGAAGCUGCCUCUAUUAAGAUUAGAACAGAUGCUGGAUUUACUCUGCGCUGGGUCCGGAAAACUCCUUGGUACCAGUAAAGAGCCUGUCCUUUCCCUAGGCAUUGGCUUUUGCAAUGGGAUCCCUUGUGAAGCAGAGAGAGUUUCGUAACGGCUAAAAGGUGCUGCGAAGGUUAAACGAGUCCCACGAAGCGCCAUUCUAAAGGAGUUUAACCAUGGGUUGAGCUCACGCUCUUUUGGUAUGUAACCUCACCAUAGUUAGACUCCAGAAUGGCUGCUUCUCUCUCUCUCUUGCUGACAAGGGUGUUUUGGAUCUGUUUUCAUAACACUAUGCUUCCCCAUCCCCUGCUCCGUUAUGCACUGUAUAUUCCACAGGUUUCUAUACAAGGCGAUUUAUGAGGAUUUCUCUUUAGCUUGGAUUGAAACUCUGGGAUGCUCUUUUUUCACUUAGCUGUUGUGAGGGACAAUCAGAAAACAAAGUAGUCCGGGGUUUCUGUUUUCUGCUCCCUUUUCUUUCUAAACAGGUGUGUGGCUAGGUGUGUUUAAAAGUUUCCUCCCCAACAUUUCCCUUGGUUGGGGGAAGCAGGUGCUGUGCUCAGAAGCUGAGGCCACUGGCUUUUUUCUGCCCAAGAGUCACCUGUGAGCCAUCAGACUGGGAAUAAAUCUCCCCUGACUACCAGUGAAGUUGGCUCAGUGCCUUGCGGGGUUGAACUUGACCAGUGCUCCCUGCUGAGAGCAGUUGCAUGCCAGCCGCGGUGUGGGGGCAGCCGCGCCUCCCGUGCAUCACGCCAGCAGGGGAGGCGAAGGGUAGCUGCUCCCUGCCCUUGAGGCCACCGGUUCGUGCACUCGCUCGCCUCAAACUUCUAGUUGAGCUUGCUCAAGGCAGCAAUAGGAGAACACAAGGGGUUGUCUGAGAUGCGCCUGCUCUGCUCUACCUCUAGUAGUGGAGCAUCUUCUCGCUUUUCUGAGCUAAUAACCAAAGGGAGGCAUUGGAGGUACGAUAGCAGAUUUCCCGGGAGGCUUUGGCGACCAUCCUCACUUCAGGCCUUACACGCCUUGUGGCAAAACCCCAUCCGCAGCCAACCGAGGCGGCCUCUUUCGGGCAAGUGAGGGCUAGCCCUCCUCGAGGACCGAUCACGACCGGAUGACGUAGGGCCCAACGCUGCAGGGUAUUUCCCACGCAAGCUCCACAGAUGCUAAUGAACGAGCACGUUUGCCUUGAGCAGAUGCGCCUAACGGGCAUCGAUCGGCCCAACUGCUGCGUUGCUCGGGCAUUAGCAGAGAAACGGUGAUGUUGCCGCGAUCCCACGCAUGCAUGCGGCAGAAAUCCUGCGCGGAGGCCUGCGCACGCAUGCCCUCUGGGCGAGCAGACAGGCCAGGCAGCACUUGCUUACAAGCUCGCUUCCUGGGGCCUCGCUGCGGCGUCCUCUCCCGGGUUCAGUUGACAUGGAAAAUGCACAGCAAGCAUGGCCUUUCGGGGACUUCUCUGCCACUGCCAGGAGCAGCGAAGCUCCUGAGCACACCCUUCAUGGCGCUUGCCUGGUGGCCGACCGCCCGGUGCCCCGAUCGUCACCUAAUCUUUAAAGUGGAGUAGCUGCAGCCAGACGGGAAGGAACGCCACCCCCUCAGCCCGGGUGCCUUGCCCCACGCUCGGUUUGGGUGAACUCGAACUCCAGAGGGCCUUUCAGCUUUCCUUGUGGAAGGUCUUUUAUCAACUCAUAGUUCAGCCUUUCAUCACAAGCUUUUUAAAUCACGGUUUAGUAGCUUGACUUUUGUAUUAAUGCAAUAUUACUAAUGCCUUUAAUUACAUGAUGGUUUAUACCAAAGACUGUUUUUGUUAAGGAAUGUUUGAAGGAAAGCUCUGUAUCGUAUUUGCCUUUGAUACUUCUUCAGAAUGUUUCCUAAGCUCAAAAGUCUUUUAUAGGAGUUAAUACCCUGUACAACUUAUGCAACUUAAGCUUUCCUGAGCACUCUUGUCCAUCAGGCCUAAUGAAGCAAACUUGAAUGUCAGUUAGGAGCAUUUUGCCACUAAAUACCUUUGUUUAUAAACCAGAAGUUUGUUGUAUAUGCUAAUAUUUUCAACCUCCUUUGUUCUGUUCAAACAAAAUAAAAAUGCAUUUGUAUAUAAACAAAUA